AGAUUUUUUUAUUCACUUUUAUUUAUUGUCGCUCCACUCUACAAUGCGCGCCGCGUUCUUGCACAGACGUAACGAUCUGCUUCAGCUGCGAUGCACGUGGAUAUCUUUGAGCAAAGUCCGAAAGCAGUAUGCUCCUUGGCCAAGGAGUUCCAAAUGGCGUCGAUGGACUGUAAUAAUAAAUCCAAAAAUAAUAAAGAUCCGUCUCAACAAAUUCACGAGGAACAUGUGGAGGUACCAUCUAUAUUAACGAGUCUAACAACAACUUUUCAAAGCACCGAUCAAGUAGGGGAAAUUACAGAAGAUUAUGAAAACUUCAUUAGCACGUCAGCUGUACUUCAUUAUUGUAAACAUAAAAUACUGAGGCCUUAUCUGAGGCUGCUGGGAGUGAUGGGACUGAGACCAACUAGCAGCGACGAUUCCGAACAUUUUCUACGAUGUUCCAUUUUAGCAAAUUUUCACACUGUGCAAGUUACUGUAUUUAUGUGUAUCGGAUAUAUUUUACAAUAUAUGGCUUGCUUCAGGAGAGAUCGGGGAUUCUGUUACAAAGUAUUAUUCCUGGAGCAAAAUGCGCUGGGCGAGGAACGGCAAGAACCGUCCUGCUACGGAAACGUGAUAUUCAGCUACUUAAUCCCGAGCGUGUUACAUUUGGUAGCCUACUUGUACACGAUCUAUCUGUUUCGCGUCAAGGAAAACGAGCAGCUGCAGAAUCUGAUGGAGAGAGCGUUUCUGCUCUCCUCAAAUCCGAUAAAUCGCGGCAAUCAGAAGCGCCUCGUGCACAUACUGUGGCUGUUCAUAGCGUUGAGCAUCGUGUGGAUGAUUAUGGCACUGAUUACAGUGAACAUCCAAAUGGCGGAGAGAAAUAUUGUAUUUCAAUGGAUGGAAAGCAGUCCGUACCAGGUGAAGAUAACAUUGAAGGUGUUUCUAAUCGUUUGCACCUUGUGGCAUGACAUGGUUCAGGGAACCAUUAUAACAAGCUACUGUCUCCAAGGGCAGCUAUUGAUGUCGCACCUUUACUUUCUACGCGGCAAAUUACUCCAACAUGUUCUGUUGCCCAUCGACUGGAUGAGGGACAUCGAUGAGUUCAAGAAGCUGCUGAAGUACUUCAACGACGAAUUAGGACCGGCCGUCUGCAUCUACACUAUAGUCAAUUUGUCCUGGGCGACUGCGGGUAUCGUGUGGUUGUUUCAAUACUAUGUCACCGGCAAGGAUGACAACCCUGUUACGUAUGUUAACGUAAUGAACGUUGUAUUAUGGAUUUUGAUCUCGAUGGCUCCGUUUAUACAGGCUGCUCGUUUAACGAACGCCUGCUCCAUGAUUCGAGCAGUGGGACACGAAAUUCGUAUACGGCCGUUCGUGUAUCAAACCACCCCGGGCGAGGAUCUCGAUAGCAUACUGUUGUACACGUCUUCGUUAAAGAUGUGCGCCAGGCUGUUCAGGAUACCUAUCAAGGGUAGAUAUUUAUGCCUCUUGCUAACUAUCGGUAGUAUUUCUAUUCUCACUUUAGGGCAGUGCCGGUUUUCCUCGUAAUCGUAGCACUUUAGUCGAGGCUGUGCCGCGUCGAUAAUUUUCUUUUUCUUACGUAUACGAUCGUACAGCGUGUACAUAUGAUCUAUAGCUACAUUAAGUUAUUUAAGCUCGACAGCUUUCUUUUUACGUUUAUGGUGUAGACAAUGUAUAGAUAAUUGUAGCGUAUAAAAAAAUGCGCGACACGUCAAAAGGUUCAAGCAAGAACUCCAUUAAUAAAUACUCUUACGCAGCUACGUGCGUUUCUAUUUAUAUCUCUAUAAUGACGUUUCAUAUGUAACGUUUUUAAUCAAAAACGACAGUCGAGAAUGAUAGAUGAAUGAUAUUGAAAAAGGUAUUUUAUUCGCUCCUUAUAUUAUUAUCCAAUACAUUGCACUCUCCAGCGAUGGCAAUAAUAUUUGCAACGUCCUGCAACUGUAAUUCGUAUUGUUAACUUACUUGCAAACUAUGUAAACCUACAAGUGUUCAAUAAAUAUUCUUACGGAAAUUCUAUGUUCAUUGCGUUUAGAAGCUGCAGGUGUAAAUAAAAAUCACUGUUAAUGCAGUACUGUUAUAAUUACAUCCUUUGCAAUAGAGAAAUAAAUAUGUAUAAGGUAUUUACUUUAAUGAUCGAAGAAGCCUACUCACUAUUAUCGAUAUUGUCGAGUAAUUUGUUACGAUCUGCCUGUUUUGUCAAAUUGACUCGGAUUUGGACUAAAUCCGUUACGAAACGACUUCGGUGACGUACAAGUUUGAAAGUUUUGUAAAUUCAUUGAAUAAAAAUGGUUAGCGCUUUAUCAAAUUAAUAUAUUUUACAUAUAGUCUUAUAUAAUUAUACCAUAUACAUGAGUUUCAGAAAACUUCGCAAAAAUUCUUGGCGACGUCUCAGGAUAUUAAAUCUCGAUACUUAAAACUCGAGAUACGGGAAACGAUCAUAGAAAUUGUAAAUGAGAUAACGAUUGAUUUCAGCAUACAGAUUAUCAAGAUUAUUGGACGAGACAACGAUAUCAAAGACAUAUUAAUAACAGGGAGGCUCUUGUAAAUAAAUAAUUAUGAAUAGAGGUCUUCUUUUGUCAGAUAAUUUUGCGUCCUUAUUAAUAAACCGUAGUCCGUGAUAUCAAUAAAUUCGAAAGAUAUCGGGAAAUAUGUGUACUUAAUAAAUAUUAUUGUUUUAAUAAGAGAGUUCGUUAUUCUAAUAUACAUCAAUAAUUUUAGCAUUUACAGGAAUUACUUAAUUUUGACUAAAUAGCGCAUGAUAUUGACACUUUAUGGUACUACCUUUAGAGUAUUAAACGUUGUAGUAGCACCUGCAUAGUGUUUCACCUCACCAGUGAGUCUACUUGAUGAUAUAUUCGUGUUACUUUUUAAUGUUCCUUGCAUCGAUAAUAUACAUACCUAAAUUUUGCAAAACGUGCCUUUACAAUGAGAUUUACGAUGGACGAAAUAAGGGGUAACACGGUAAGUUAAAAAUAUCAACAGAAUUUGCUUCGAAAAUUGUAAAUUCCAAGCUCACAGUUGCGCUUACUCAACGUUAACUCAAUGAUGUGGAAUGUGAAUGUUAUACAUAGCUCUUGAUCAAUUUAUUUAGAUAACAUUUAGAUAACAACGUAAAAGGUAUGUGAGAACGUUCAGUUUGCAACGACACAAACGAAAAGUUUACCGUUUACAAUCGUUGGAA